CGUGGGGCCUGCCUCAGGCGAGAACAACUACAUCUGGUGUCCUUUGCUCCUCUCCGACGAAAGCACCCAUUGCAGUCACAGACAGUCAUGUCUCUCUUCCGCCUUGCCACCUCCGCCACCCCGGCCAUCGCCCGCUUCGCCGCUGCCCGCGCCUACUCCACCCAGGUGAGCGGCCGCCUGGCCGAUCUCCUGCGUGCCGAGCACGACUACGAGACCAAGCACGUCGAGGAGCCCCCUGCCGUGCCCGAGGGCUUCUCCAUCGUCACCAAGCCCGGCUCGACCAACGUCAUGAUGACCUCCAAGUUCAACGACGAGGAGGUGCAGAUCUUCUUCCAGGUCGCCAAGCAGGACGAUCCGUCCGAGGGCAUGGACGACGAGGAGGGCGGCGAGCAGUUCAACAACCAGAACGUCCCCCACGCCCCGUUCGUGGCCAACAUCAUCCGCCGCGGCGGUGAGAACCCCGGUGUUCUGGCCUUCGAGCUGAUCGCCGACGACGGUGACAUCUACAUCGAUGGCAUCUACUUCGGCAAGGACAUCGACGUCAUGCUGAGCCGCGAGCUGAACGACGAGUACAAGCGCUCGCUCAUCUACUCCGGCCCCAACUUCAACACCCUGCCGGAGGAUCUCCAGCGCACCUGGUUCGAGUUCCUCGGCGAGCGCAAGAUCGACGCCGCCAUGUCGGACUUCAUUCCCCAGUACAUUGACUACAAGGAGAACAAGGACUACAUUGGCUGGCUCAACGACAUCAGCCGCUUCCUCAAGUAAGCACAAGUGCACACCAAGCAGCGCGCGCGUGUGUGUGGCUACCACCCUAUCUCCCUCCCUCUGUGGGCCCCUCCCCGCCCCCCUCCUGUCUGUGCCCUGGCGUCGGUGCGUGUGCGCCCGCCCGCGCCCGCCCGCCCGCCCGCCAGGGUGUGCAUGUCUGUCGAUGGCGUGCGGAGAAGAGAGGGGGCCGUCGCGCGUCGCGUCCCCUUCCCCCCUUCCAUGUGUGCGAGUGCGCACGUGCACCGCGCGCCUCCCUCCAAAAAUCCCCCCCUUUGCCCAUGACAUAAACCCGCAAUACCUUGUGUAUGUGCCCCGCAUGCGCGAAUGCGUAUCUCCCUUCCC